AUGGGCGAUGACAAGGUGGAAUACGAGAACUGGGAGGUUCAGCCCAACGUGGUUGUCACGGAGCAAUACAUAGAGGCCGAACCCACCUGGGCAAAAUACAUCCCUGGAGGCUACUCAAGGUCGAGAUGCUUGAAACUGUCGGGUAUGCCCAUGGUGUCAUGCAUCCUUGGCCUCGCAGGGACGUGUCUGCUGUUCUUUGGCUACGACGCCGCUGUCAUGAGCCUGGUCAACAUCAACCCGGACUAUCUGCAACACAUGGACUCUGCGGGAGGCACGGACCGUGAUGCCGCUCGCGUUGGAGGCAUCGUGAGCUUCUGGUUCCUGGGUUUCCUCAUCGGUGGAAUUCUGGCCGGUAGCUACGCCGACAAGGUUGGACGACUCAAAUCCAUACAGCUGGGGUGCGUCUGGGGGAUCGUGGGUGCCUGUCUUUUGGCGUCGGCUCAGAACUUCUCCUGGAUGGUCUGCGCGCGUAUCAUCAGCGGCAUCGGUUGCGGCCACCUCAACACCAUCGCCCCAAUUUGGACGUCGGAACUCGCAGACUACAACCUACGGGGCGCGUAUGUCUCGGUGCAGUUUACCAUGUGCGUCGGAGGGGCGACUAUGACAUAUUGGAUGGAAUACGCCGCGCUCAAGACCCGGUCUCUCCAGUUCGCCUGGCGGUUUCCCCAAGGCUUCCAGAUGGUGUUUCUGAUCUUCAUCCUCCUUGCGGCCAAUUUCCUGCCAGAGACACCCCGCCACCUCGCAAAGACGGGUCGUUUCGACGAGGCCCGCGAGAUCCUCUUCCGCUGUCGCCUUCAGCCUUCCGAGCAGGCGAUUGAGCAGGAACUCGCAGAGAUUCGAGAGGCCAUUCGCGUCGAGGCGACGUCCUCGGCCCACGGCUUUCUCUCCAUGAUCUGGAAAAAGGACGCGCUGCAUACCCGUCGUCGUGUUGCGCUGGCCAUGGGUAUCCAGGCGAUGGAGAAGCUCUGUGGUCCCGACGCCAUUGCGGCGUAUGGACCCAUCAUCUUCGGCUUGAGUGGAUUUACUGGAAACUUGCCUGCCAUGCUGGCCGGCUUCAACUUUAUAUCCUACACAUUCAGCGUCCCGAUCGGCAUGUACUUUGUCGAGCGAGCCGGGAGACGAAAGCUGAUGUUGAUUGGGCUGGUGGUCAUGGGCUCUUCACUGCUCAUUGCCGGCCCACUCGCGCGAGAAGCCAUCAACACCCCCGAUACCGAGUUGACCAAGAAAAGAGCCUACGGCGCCGCCGUUGUGGCGUUUGUUUUCUUGUACACCUGCGGAUUCGGCAGUACCUGGAUCACAUGCUGCUGGGUCUAUCCCACCGAGAUCUUCCCCCUCGCCACACGCGCAAAGGGCGUCUCGCUGUCCAUGGUAUCCUUCGCCAUCUGGGGCGCCGUCAUCAACGAAGUCAUCCCGUACGUCAUCAGCGCCGUCGGGUGGUGGGUCUUCAUCAUGUUCGCCAUCAUGAACUUCCUCCAAAUCAUCCCCGUGUGGUUCUUCUACGUCGAAACGGCCAAUCGUCACCUGGAGGACCUGGACAUCCUCCUCGCCAGCGACAGUCCCCUCGCGUACAAGAUGGAACGCGAGUUUGCAGAGAAGAAACGCGCCCUCGGCUUCCAUGCGGAGAAUGCGCAGGGCGUGGUUGGUGCGCACGCGCCGCCGGAGGUGAUGGGAUAG